AUGGAAUCCCUCCCUGAAGCCGUCCUGAUCCAGAUCCUGGCCUCCAUCCCUGCAGUGGAGCUGGUGCUGGUGUGCCGCCUGGUCUGCUGCCAGUGGAAGAACCUUGUGGACGGAGCAGCUCUCUGGAUCCUGAAGUGCCAGCAGGAGGGCUUCACCGGGGCAGAGCCUGAAGAGGAGGCCGAGAACUGGCAAACGUUCUACUUCCUGAGUAAGAGGAAGAGGAAUUUAAUCAAGAACCCCUGCGGCGAAGAGGAUUUAGAGCACUGGGGGGAAGUGGAGAACGGAGGUGACGGCUGGAAAAUUGAGGACCUGCCGGGAGACUUUGGAAAAGAAUUUCCCAGCGAUGGAGUCCACAAAUACUUCGUCACCUCCUACGAGUGGUGCCGCAAGUCUCAGGUCAUCGACCUCAGGGCUGAGGGUUACUGGGAGGAGCUGCUGGACACAACCCAGCCUAAAAUUGUGGUAAAGGACUGGUACGCGGGUCGCAGUGACGCCGGCUGCCUCUACCAGCUGCACGUGAAGCUGCUGUCGGAGCACGAGGACGUCCUGGCGGAGUACCAGAGCGACACCGUCGCCAUUCCGCAGGACAACGCCGCCGACUGGAGCGAGCUCUCCCACACCUUCUCCGACUACGGCCCCGGGGCUCGCUUUGUGCGCUUUGAACACGGCGGCCAGGACACGCUCUUCUGGAAGGGAUGGUACGGGGUCCGCAUGACCAACAGCAGCGUGAUGGUGGAGCCAUAGCUGGGCCAUGGCCCCUCAAGCCAGACCGGGUCCCAUUCACCGCAGCUGAUCCCUUGGGUCCUCCAUAGGCUUUGGA